CAGUGACCCGGAAGCAGAAGUGACUCCCACAGGCUGAGUGCUGGGGAGCUGCAUCGGCGAUCGCAGCGGUAGAAGCAGCAAUUUAUCUGUGUGCAGCCCCAAACUGGGAAGAAGAUGCUAAUUAAAGUGAAGACGCUGACCGGAAAGGAGAUUGAGAUUGACAUUGAACCCACAGACAAGGUGGAGCGAAUCAAGGAGCGUGUGGAGGAGAAAGAGGGAAUCCCCCCACAGCAGCAGCGGCUCAUCUACAGUGGUAAACAGAUGAACGAUGAGAAGACAGCAGCUGAUUACAAGAUACUAGGUGGUUCAGUCCUCCACCUGGUACUGGCUCUGAGAGGAGGAGGUGGUCUUAGGCAGUGAUGGACCCCCCCCCUCCAUUUCACCUCCUUGCCCUGGCGCUCAUUAUGAGGCAUCAUGUAUCCUCUCACACUGUGGGACACCAGAGCCACUGCCCCCUCUCCUGGAUGCCCAGUCUUGUGUGUCUGUUGGUGGGAGACUGUGAGGACCCCAGGAUGCAGUGUUCCUGGCCCAAAGGACCCUUGCUGGCUAUUGGGUUUUAGUUUGCAGUCCUGUGUGCUUCCCUCUGUUAAUGGCUCUGUCCCUGGUUGUCAAUAAAAUAUUUCAUGGCCUCCUGGAA